ACCACACACGCACGCCCUCCCACUCUCACUCUCGCCCUACCCGGCAGGGCACCCACCUUGCGAAGGAGCAACUGACUCCCACCGCAUCGUCUUCCUUCGAACCUUGGUCUUCGUGGCCUUUUCUCGGCCUCUCCUCCACGUACAAGUUCGCUCCGCAACCCUACACCUAUAUGCACUUGUUUGCUAUACAUUGAAUCAUGGACACAGAGGAUGGAGAGGUUUUCAUAAAGAGCCUCGCAUACUUUGUACGAACGCAUGAGAAAGCCCUCGCAAACGCCUUGCAAUUGCAGCGCCAGACUCCCAAACAUGGACAAGGGACCGCACCCUCGCAGUCAUCGCCCACGUCUACCAAUGCAACCUCGUCUUCCAGCUCCAGCGUCUGGGCCUCGGCCUUAUCGCUUCCGUCCUUGAAAUUCACCUCAACAACCUUGAAGCCUGCGAAACUGACCCUGACCCCGCAUCACCUCUUCUACUUGCUUUCUCGUUUCGAGGAACUGGGCAUCGAGGUUGGUCCUAUGAAUGUGCGCUUGGAGAAUAUUCACACGGACGCUCAUCCCGCAAACUAUGUGUCUUUUCUCAGCAGUGCACAGCGGAACAAGUCGAGGUCGUCGGAUCGGGACUCGAUGCAUUCGGUUUCCAGCAUCCGCAGUGUCAUGUCCAGCAUGUCUUCUCUCUGGUCGUCUCUCCGUCUCUCGUCCAACAGCGCGGCCAAGGCGGAGAAACAGAAGGCUGCCAUUCAGGAAGAUUUGAAAUACCUCUUCUCCGCCUUCACCAAGAUUCCGUGCUUGAGGCUGGCGCCGGACCACAGGGCCAAGCUCAUUGCUGGAUACGAAGAGUUUCCAUUCGACAGUGCCGUGCCUCUGUUCGCCUUCAAGAACGUCACGGCCCUGGAAAUCUACGAUGUCGACUUCCGCCAGUUCUACGGCUGGGAUCGAUUGGCCGAGAACCUGCGGAGCCUCACCGUGAAACGUGCAGGGGUCGACGAUCCCGCCGACCUUCUCAUACAUAUAGUCCUGGACGACAUGGACAAGCGACGAAGGCGCUCAGCCAAGGUCCCUCCGUCCCCGUCAGUGCCGUAUCCUUCUGGAAGUCCGACUCCCCGGCACGCACAGUUGGCUCGUUCCCAGUCUCCGCCCACGUCGCCUGGCGCCGUGGAUAAACAGUCUGGGAGUCCAAACUCCAAGGCAGGUCCGCGACGUCAGCGAAGCACGUCGCCCAUACGACCGCACAGCUCGCGGCAUGGCUCAGUUCAGGGAUACGGGAAGAACAGUGCGCCUAACCUGAGGCGCUCGUCUGGAAGCUCAUCCUCGAGUAUCCGAUCGGCGACACCCAGGGGUAGCUCGCCCAAUCUCCUCUCGCUCGGAUGGUUCCCUUCCACCAAAUGGCGCUUCCUUCGACACCUCAGUCUAGCUGACAAUGCGUUAACCAAUAUUUCAGCCACCAGUCUGGCUCCCCUGGCGAACACGCUGCAAUCUCUAGAUCUGUCAUCGAACCUUUUCGUUGAGAUCCCGGACAGCCUAGCAACGUUGUCGUGCCUUCGUGCCCUCAAUCUCUCCAACUGCAUGAUAGCCAGCCUCCACUCCCUGACCCGCAACCCUCUACCCGCUAUCACUACACUUAAUCUUCGCUCUAACCGGCUUACCUCGCUUGCCGGCAUCGAGCGGAUACCCACGUUGGAACGCGUGGAUGUUAGAGACAACAAGUUGAUGGAUCCUACCGAGAUCGCCAGACUAACGGGUGUGCCUGACUCUCUGAGAGAAGUCUACGUGAAUCGCAACCCUUUCUGCAAAGCAUACCCGAAUUAUAGGGUCACCAUCUUCAACUUGUUCCGAAAGACGCCGGGAUACACCGAGGAUAUUAUCAUAGAUACCGAAGGCCCGCGAAGCAGCGAACGCAAACAGCUGGUCGAUCGAGCGCCUGAGCUGCCUAACCCUCCCGUGAUGAAGCCUCCUCCUGAGGAAGAAGCACCCGCACCUUACGUUCCACCCAAGGUGAUCAUUCCCAUUGACAAUACAGCACCUGCUAUCAACACCCCUCGAAGGAUGGCUUCGCACCAUCGAUCAAAGAGUGGAUUUGCCGGCUCACACAAGAAGAAGAAACCAGCCAAGAGGAGGGUUGUGGAGCUCUCUCAGAGGGAUAGUUUCCAGAGUGACCCGGAGCCUGCGCUCCCAUCUACGGAGAAUCCCCUUGCAACCGUCUCACAUGCAGCUGUAGCUCCUCCCACCUCCGAGCCCGCAGCUCAAGUGAGAUGUGAAACAACGCCUCUUGUCGACGAGUCGAGAACCGCCAUAGGCGCUAGUCACUCCAGUCAAUGUGCUCCGGUCGAAGAGCCUUUCGCCGAAUUGCCAGCACGGCCCACAAAGCAGGAGCGGCCGCCGAUAGACAAGAGCUCGCCCCAGCCGCCAACUCACGCUGCUGGUGCUGAAUUGGACGUGGGCAGCGACCUGUACAAGAAGAAGAUCGAGGCCCUACGGCAAGACCUCGGGCCAAACUGGUUGAGCGCUCUGGGGGACGACGGUUGGGAUAACCCUACCGUGACACCUUUCCACGAAGGGACAUACACAUCGCCGGGCAUGACACCUGGCCUGCACCGUACACCAAGCCAAGGCAUUGUGUCAGGCGGUCGAACUCUCGGUUGACACUCUUCCCACCAAAAGCUUGAUUUGAUCUUGCCACGCCAGUUAUCCGAAUGAAGGAGCGUACGGUUCCUCGUAAUGCUCAUUUUGCGAUACCCCAAAGUUGAUCUUUGUAUCUUCUGUUCUCGUUUUCGUCCUUGAUAUUCGGUCGAACUUCCGCUCGCCGGCAGUUUUUCCGUAUCAGCGUCUUCUUUUCUUCA